AUGUUGAUUGAAGUGGAUGUAGAGAUUAAAGAAAAUAAGGAUGCAAGUAAAAAGGUCACGGGUAAAGAAGGUGGAGUAAAAGAAAAAGUUGUUACACCUAAACCAGCGGUUAAACUCCCUUUCCCCACAAGAAAUAAGAAGAAAGAACAACAUGAGAAAAAUUUCGAGAAGUUCUUGGAGAUGUUCAAGAAACUUGAGCUGAACAUUCCAUUCUUAGAGGCACUUGAGCAAAUGCCUACCUAUGCGAAAUUCAUGAAGGAUAUCAUCUCAAAGAAGCGAACAAUCGACAGUGACCCGAUUAUUCUAACUGAAACUUGUAGUGCUAUUUUGCAGGGCAUGAAGAUUCCGGUUAAAAAGAAAGAUCGAGGUUCAGUAACUAUUCCAUGCACCAUUGGUAAAGUACAAGAUACACGGAUGGCACUUCAGUUUGCUGACCAAUCGGUGAAAAGACCUUACGGAGUGGUGGAAGAUGUGAUAGUGAAGAUCGAUAAGUUCGUUUUCCCUGUAGAUUUUGUCAUUCUAGAAAUGCCUGAAGAUGAAGAGAUACCAAUCAUUUUAGGGAGACCAUUUUUAGAGACAGGGAGAUGCUUAAUCGAUAUAGAAGAAGGCACGAUGACUUUGAAAGUCUAUGAUGAGGAACUAAAGAUUGAUGUGCGAAACACCAUGAAAUACAAAGAUGGCGUUGCCACAAGUCAACACAUCGAGGUAAUUGAUUAA